AUGGAGAACAACUCCCCGACGUUCGCCACCUCGGGCGACCCCUGCCUCGACUUCUUCUUCCACGUCGUCCCCGGCACCCCGGCCGACACCGUGUCGUCCCUCAUCGCCAGCGCCUGGGCCGCCGAGCCGGCCACCGCGCUCCGCCUCGCCUGCAACCUCCGCGCCGUGCGCGGCACCGGCAAGUCGGACCGGGAGGGGUUCUACGCCGCCGCGCUCUGGAUGCACGGCUCCCACCCCGCCACGCUCGCCCUCAACGCGUGCCCCGUCGCCGAGUUCGGGUACCUCAAGGACCUCCCCGAGAUCCUCCACCGCAUCAUCCACGGCGGCGCCUCCACCAGGACCCCGGGGAAGCAGGAGGUGCCGGAGCUCGAGCGCCGCGAGAAGAAACGCACGAUGAAGGCGUGCGUUGCUGCUAGCCAGAAGCGUGAUCUGGAGGAGGCCGCCCAGGCCACCGUCGAGCGCCGGAAGAAGCGCGCGGACACCGCGGCGACGGCCGUCGAGAGGUACGGCCGGGACCAGAACUACCGCCUCCUGCACGACAUGACGGCAGAGAUGUUCGCCGACCUCCUCGCCGAGGACAUGAAGAAGCUCUCGGAGGGCAACAUCAACCUCUCGCUGGCCGGGAAAUGGUGCCCGUCGGUGGACAGCAGCUACGACCGCUCCACGCUGAUCUGCGAGGCCAUCGCGCGCCGCCUCUUCCCCAAGUGUUCGGCGCCGGACCUGGCAGAGGACCUGCCGGACGCGCACUACGCCUAUCGCGCGCGGGAGCGCCUCCGUAAGGAGGCGUACGUGCCGCUGCGCCAUGCCCUCGAGCUCCCCGAGACCUUCAUGUCGGCGGGCGAGUGGGGGGAAGUGGUGUACACGCGCGUGGCGUCCGUGGCCAUGAAGAACUACAAGGACCAGUUCGCCUAUUACGACCAAGAGCGCUUCAGCGGCUACCUCGCCGACGUCAAGUCGGGCAAGAAGAAGAUCGCGGCGGGCGCCCUGCUGCCGCACAAGAUCCUGGAGUCGGCCGUCGACGGCGAGGACGCGGUCGCCGACCUGCAGUGGAAGCGCAUGGUGGACGACCUGCUGGCGCUGGGCAAGCUCAACAACUGCCUCGCCGUGUGCGACGUGUCGGGCAGCAUGCACGGCGUCCCCAUGGACGCCUGCGUCGCGCUCGGGCUCCUCCUCUCCGAGCUCUGCGACGAGCCGUGGCGCCACCGCGUGGUCACCUUCAGCGCGGCGCCGGAGCUGCACCGCAUCCGCGGCGAGACCCUGUCGGAGAAGGCGGAGUUCAUCCGCGAGAUGGAGUGGGGCAUGAACACCGACUUGCAGGCCGUGUUCGACCAGCUCCUGCGCGUGGCUGUCGCCGGCAACCUGCCGCCCGAGAGCAUGGUGAGGAAGGUGUUCGUGUUCAGCGACAUGGAGUUCGACGAGGCGUCAUCGAGGCCGUGGGAGACGGACUACGAGGCGAUCACGAGGAAGUACGCCGAGGCCGGGUACGGCGACGCCGUGCCGCAGGUGGUGUUCUGGAACCUGCGGGGCUCGCGGUCGGUGCCGGUGACGGCGGAGCAGAAGGGGGUGGCGCUGGUGAGCGGCUUCUCCAAGAACAUGCUCAAGCUGUUCCUCGGCGGCGACUACACCCCGUCGCCCAGGGCCGUCAUGGACAAGGCCCGGCCCAUGUACGAGAAGCUCGUAGUGUUCGACUGA